CCCUUCGCCCAACGCUUAGAUCUAGGGUGGGUUGUAGUCGGGGAGGUAUGUCUGGGUAAUGUUCAUAGGCCCACAGUUAGCACUCUCAAAACUGUUGUUCUGGAAAAUGGCCGUCCCACAGUUUUCGGUCCAUGCGACAGCCUUCUGCAACUGAAAGAAAUGUCACACACAAAUAGGCCAGGUAAAGCAUCUGAACAAACCCUGGGACAGACAGUGUUCAAUCGGACGGAAAACGAUAAUAAACCAGCUCUCUCAAUACAGGACACUCUGUUCCUAAAAAUAAUGGACAAUGCUAUGUACAGAGACGAAGACAACAGUUGGGUCGCCCCACUUCCUUUCAAAGAACCGCGCCAGCAAUUGCCAAAUAACAGAGAGCAGGCAGUCAGUAGGUUCUCAUCCCUAAAACGCAACCUAAAUAAGAAACCUGAUAUGCAGGGACAAUAUUUGGCAUUUAUGGAGAAGAUCUUCUCUAAUGGUCAUGCGGAAGUUGCACCUCCAGUAAAACAGGGAGAGGAGUGUUGGUAUCUCCCAACAUUCGGAGUCUACCACCCAAAAAAGCCCAAUCAGAUCAGGAUUGUUUUUGAUUCUAGUGCCCAGUACACCGGUGUCUCACUCAACAAUGUUCUCCUCACUGGUCCCGAUCUAAACAACACGCUCAUUGGAGUCCUUCUCCGCUUCAGGACAGAGAGCAUCGCUGUCAUGGCAGAUAUACAGCAAAUGUUCCACUGCUUUAUGGUGCGUGAGGACCACCGUAACUUCCUCCGUUUUCUGUGGCAUAAGGACAAUGAUGUAAACAAGGAAGUUAUUGACUAUCGUAUGAAAGUUCACGUAUUUGGCAACUCACCAUCUCCCGCAGUUGCUGUUUACGGACUACGCAAAGCCAUUAAAGCAGGUGCAAAGGAAUAUGGUGCUGACACAGUCAACUUUGUGGAGAGGCACUUUUAUGUAGAUGAUGGCUUGAUCUCUCUGCCCUCUCCUGCUGAGGCUAUAGACUUGCUCCAAAGAACACAAGCCUCACUCGCAGAAUCCAAUCUGCGCCUGCAUAAGUUUGCGUCUAACUCACAGACAGUCAUGCAGGCCUUUUGCCCCGAAGAUUGUGCACCAGUCAUUAAAGACCUAGAUUUAGGUGGUGAAGAAACACAAUCUCAGCGAAGCCUUGGCCUCAUCUGGGAAAUAACAACGGACACGUUCACUUACUCAGUAGCUACAACAAACAAACCGUUCACUCGGCGUGGCGUACUGUCGUCUGUUAAUAGUGUCUUUGAUCCUCUGGGCCUAUUAGCUCCUGUCACAAUCCAAGGAAGAGCUCUACUCAGAGAACUCACUUCAGAAAAUUCAGAUUGGGACUCACCCCUUCCAGUGGACAAACAAAGUAAGUGGGAAACAUGGAGAAAUUCCCUUCAGGACCUAAAGGAUCUACAUGUCCCUAGGACAUACACAUCUACCUCACUCAGUCAAGCAACACACAAAGAACUAUGCCUAUUCUCAGACGCAUCAACUAAGGCGAUAGGAGCCGUAGCCUACUUGAAAGCAGUUCAAACAGACGGCAAAGUUGAGGUUGGAUUCAUAAUGGGCAAAGCAAAGCUAGCUCCCUUGUCAGAACCUACUAUUCCGAGACUAGAACUGUGCGCAGCCGUCUUGGCAGUAGAAAUGGCUGAUCUAAUUCAGGAUGAGUUACAUCUACAGUUCGAUAUAGUACGCUUUUAUACAGACAGUAAGGUAGUACUAGGCUACAUCUGCAACGAGUCAAAAAGAUUCUACACAUAUGUCCACAACAGAGUACAGCGCAUUCGCCAGUCUUCAAAGCCAGGGCAGUGGUAUUAUGUGCGUACAGAGGAAAACCCAGCAGACCAUGCGUCACGGUCCUUGCCAACAGCUCAACUCACAAAGUCCACAUGGUUCACCGGACCAUCCUUCAUACACCGUUCUCCUGUGGAAACAACACAUGAAAGCGAAAUAUUUGAGCUGAUUGAACCAGACAAAGACUCUGAAAUCAGGCCACAAGUCAAAACUUAUGCCACUCAUCUCCAAGUACUAAGCAGUAAACGCUUUGAGAGGUUUUCUACCUUCAAGUCUUUAGUCGGAGCAAUAGCAAAUCUUGUCCACAUUGCAAAAUCCUUCAAUGGCACUAACCCAAACAGCGUAUGCAAAGGCUGGCACAAAUGCCACCUCCCACGUACUCCAGAGGAAAUAGCUCAAGCAAAAAACGUUAUCCUCAAAGAGACACAAAAGGCUCACUUUCAAAAGGAACUUUCUGCUCUUAACUCUGGAAAGUCAGUCUCAAAACAGAGCCCCCUACAAAAGCUCAGCCCAGUCUUACAGAACGGUCUCAUUACCGUUGGAGGCAGACUCAAACACUCCGAAAUCGAGAACUUUGAAAAAAGCCCAGUAAUUCUCCCUAAGGACAGUCACAUCUCCCUUCUGCUCACUCGUCACCACCACGAGUUGGUGAAGCACCAAGGCCGUCAUCUGACGGAAGGAGCAAUCAGGGCUGCAGGAUUGUGGCUCAUUGGUGGCAAAAGACUAGUAAACUCAGUAAUCCACAAAUGCAUAAUCUGCCGCAAGCUACGUGGAAAACAGGAACAACAACGCAUGGCAGACCUACCACCCGAACGCCUCAAAACAUGUCCUCCUUUCACCUACGUCGGCCUUGAUGUUUUCGGGCCUUGGAUUAUAACAACAAGGCGUACCAGGGGCGGACAAGCCGAAAGCAAGCGUUGGGCUAUCAUGUUUACCUGCAUGAGUUCGAGAGCUGUGCAUAUUGAAGUAAUCGAAUCUCUAGACACAUCCAGCUGCAUUAACGCCCUCCGCCGUUUCUUUGCACUAAGAGGCCCCGCCAAACAGCUGCUAUCCGAUCGCGGCACCAAUUUCAUUGGAGCUUCAAAAGAACUAGGAAUGGACAAAUCAAUGCAAAAAUAUAUAUCAGAUCAAGGUUGUACCUGGGAAUUCAAUCCGCCACAUGCUUCCCACAUGGGAGGCUCUUGGGAGCGCAUGAUCGGCAUUGCCCGCAGAAUCCUGGACUCGAUGCUACUUCAAAACAAGUUGCAACUGACUCACGAAGUGUUAUCUACAUUCAUGGCCGAAAUCACAGCCAUCAUAAAUGCAAGGCCACUCCUCCCAGUUUCCUCUGAUCCAGAGAACCCCUUUAUCCUAUCUCCCUCAACGCUCCUUACACAGAAAUCUUGCCUUUUACCACCCCCUGGAGACUUCCUGGACAAACACCUUUACACCAAACAAUGGAGGCAGGUCCAAGCUCUUUCAAAUCAGUUUUGGACCCGCUGGAGGCGAGAGUAUUUGCCCACACUGCAACAAAGACAGAAAUGGACUGUAUCCCGCAGAAACCUCCAAGUCGGUGAUCUAGUUCUGCUUAAGGACAAGCAGGUCACACGGAACAGCUGGCCCAUGGCAAGAGUCACUGCCACUUUCCCAGGCAAAGACAAUCGAGUAAGGAAGAUCGAGGUGAAGGCAUGGGACCAAGGCUGUGUAAAGACCUUUUUGCGACCGGUUACCGAGGUUAUUCUUCUCAUGCCAAAGGACUGAAUGUAUAAUGUUUGUUUAGUAUAGUGGCCUCAGGAGGCCAGACGGGGAGUGUGUUGCCUUUAAGGCAUUUUGUUAAACAAAUAAGUUCAUGGGUUAAAUAAAUAAUAUUAAAAAAAAAACGUUUCUAUGCUGACAAAAGUGAUUAGAAGUUGAUCAGUUGUAUAAUUCAUAGUUUAUUUACGAUUUUAUUACAAAAUAUUAUCGCUAAAAUCUACUUCCGGUUUGCGGUUACGUGUUUCCGGUUCCGGGUUUUGGCUGGUAAACAAAGAGGUCCAUGUGUGGAGAACAGUAUGGAAACGUGAAAUCUGAUGCCAUCCACGCUGAAUUAUCAGGCAGGAAUGCCUUUUCACCAUUUUGAUGAAGACAAUUAAAACGCUUGAACUGCACCUGGGUCUUCAUUCACGGUUUAACUCGGUGUCACCAACAUCUACGUUGAAAACA